AUGGAGGUCCUUCGUCCGCUCAUCGUCGGCCAGAUCGCUUGCAUUACUUGCUAUGUCCUCCUCAUCGGCUUUGUUUCUGUUGUGCUAAACGUCCUUCACCAGCUUCUCUUGUACAAUCGCAAUGAGCCUCCUGUCGUCUUUCAUUGGUUUCCUAUACUGGGAAGUACCAUAACAUACGGCAUGGACCCUUACAAUUUCUUCUUCGAGUGUCGAGAGAAGUACGGAGACAUUUUCACAUUCAUCCUGCUGGGCAAGAAGACUACUGUCUAUCUGGGCACCGAAGGCAAUGAAUUCAUUCUCAACGGGAAGCUCAAGGAUGUCAAUGCCGAAGAAGUCUACGGCAAACUCACCACACCUGUCUUUGGGUCUGAUGUGGUUUAUGAUUGUCCCAACUCCAAACUGAUGGAACAAAAGAAGUUCAUCAAGUUCGGCCUCAGCCAGACAGCCCUAGAAUCCUACGUCCCCCUUAUCACAGAAGAAGUCAACCAAUACAUCAAGCUCUCUGGCAAAUUCAAGGGCAAAACAGGCAUCAUCGAUCUAUCUGUCGCCAUGGCGGAAAUUACCAUCUUCACAGCCGGUCGUACAUUGCAAGGCGAUGAAGUGCGUGGAAAGCUCACCUCGGAGUUCGCCAGCCUCUACCACGACCUGGAUCUGGGAUUCCGCCCCAUCAACUUCAUGCUGCCCUGGGCACCUCUCCCACACAAUCGCCGACGGGAUAAUGCCCACGCUCGUAUGCGAGAAAUUUACCUCGAUAUUAUCCAAACCCGUCGGAAGUCAACAAAAUCCGAAGCCGACCAAACACAAGACAUGAUCUGGAACCUGAUGCACUGCGUCUACCGUGAUGGAACUCCGAUUCCAGACAAGGAAAUUGCGCAUAUGAUGAUUACCCUCCUCAUGGCAGGGCAGCAUCAAUCGUCUUCGAUCAGCUGCUGGAUCUUCCUCCGUCUCGCCUCGCAGCCUGAAAUGACAGAGAAACUCUACCAAGAGCAGCUGUCUGCUUUCGGCACUGAGCUUCCGCCGUUGACAUACAAAGAUCUAGACAAACUCCCUCUUCAUCAGAACGUUAUUAAAGAAACCCUGCGAAUCCACAACUCCAUCCACACUCUCAUGCGCAAGGUCAAGAACCCUCUUCUAGUUCCGGGUACCCGAUACGUGAUUCCGACCAGCCACACCCUCCUUGCCUCGCCGGGCGUGACAACUCGCGACGACAAACACUUCCGCAGCGCGAUGACCUGGGACCCGCAUCGAUGGGAGACGCGCGUCGAAGUCGAGGAUGAUGGCGAGACUAUUGACUACGGCUAUGGCGUCGUCUCGAAGGGAACAAAGAGUCCCUAUCUUCCCUUCGGAGCUGGUCGUCAUCGGUGCAUCGGAGAGAAAUUCGCGUAUUUGAACCUGACUGUUAUUGUUGCGACGCUCGUGCGGAACUUUCGAUUUUUCAAUCCCGAAGACAGAGAAGGGGUUCCUGAGACGGAUUAUUCGUCGCUCUUUUCUCGUCCCAUGAAGCCUGCGACUGUUCGGUGGGAGCGACGCGGGGAGUGA